AUGGCUGACGAGGCUGCCCCCCCGACCGAGCAGGUCGCCAACCUGCACCUCGACGAGGUCACUGGUGAGCGAGUCUCCAAGACCGAGCUGAAGAAGCGCCAGAAGGCCCGCCAGAAGGAGGAGGAGAAGAAGAAGAAGGCUGCCGCUCGUCCUGCCGCCGCGGCCGCUCCCAAGAAGGCCGGAAGCGCUGAGGCCGCUGAGAAGGAUCUCACCCCCAACCAGUACUUCGAGAUCCGAUCGAGGAACAUCAACAAGCUCCGCGAGACCAAGAGCCCCAACCCCUACCCCCACAAGUUCCACGUCACCUACGACCUGCGAAACUUUGUCCAGGACUACGGCCACCUCAAGUCUGGCGAGAGCGUCCAGGACAAGAUCAUCCAGAUCGGUGCCCGAGUUCACGGCAAGCGAGCAUCGGGCUCCAAGCUCCUCUUCUACGAUGUCCGGACAGAGGGCGUCAAGGUUCAGAUUCUGUGCCAGGCUCAGGAGGUGCGAGAGGGCGCCCCUGCUUUUGAGGACCAGCACGAGCACCUUCGCCGAGGUGACAUUAUCGGCAUUAUUGGAUACCCCGGCAGAACUGCCCCCAAGAACAAGAUCGAGAAGGGUGAGGAGGGCGAGCUGUCUAUCUUUGCGACUGAGGUCGUUCUCCUGACUCCUUGUCUCCACGCCCUCCCUGAUGACCACUAUGGCUUCAAGGAUCUCGAGCAGCGAUUCCGUAAGCGAUACCUCGAUCUCAUCUGCAACGAGAAGUCGCGCAAUGUUUUCGUCACUCGAUCCAAGAUGAUCACUUGGAUCCGCCGCUACUUUGACGAGCGUGACUUUGUUGAGGUCGAGACUCCCAUGAUGAACCAGAUUGCUGGCGGUGCCACCGCCAAGCCCUUUACCACUCACCACAACGAGUACGACAUGCAGAUGUAUAUGCGUGUCGCCCCUGAGCUGUACCUCAAGAUGCUUGUCGUCGGUGGCCUGAACCGAGUGUACGAGAUUGGACGUCAGUUCCGCAAUGAGGGUGCCGAUCUCACCCACAACCCCGAAUUCACCACCAUUGAGUUCUAUCAGGCCUAUGCCGAUGUCAACGACCUGAUGGACAUCACCGAAGACAUGGUCUCGGGCCUGGUCAAGUACCUGACCGGUGGCUACGUGACCACCUUCCACACCCAGUCUGGCGAGAAGUACGAGGUCAACUGGGAGAAGCCCUGGCCCCGUUAUGAGAUGAUCCCCGAGCUCGAGAAGGCGACUGGCGAGAAGUUCCCUCCCGGUGAUCAGCUCCACACUCAGGAGACCAACGACUUCCUCAGGGGUAUUCUCAAGAAGAUGAAGCUCGACUGCACACCUCCUCUGACCAACGCCCGCAUGAUCGACAAGCUGGUCGGCGAGUACAUUGAGGAGAAGUGCGUCAACCCAUCCUUCAUCACCGGCCACCCUCAGGUCAUGAGCCCUCUGGCCAAGUACCACCGCGAGAUCCCCGGUCUCUGCGAGCGAUUCGAGGCUUUUGUGUGCAAGAAGGAGAUUGCCAACGCCUACACCGAGUUGAACGACCCCUUCGACCAGCGCCUGCGCUUCGAGGAGCAGGCCCGCCAGAAGGACCAGGGUGACGACGAGGCCCAGCUCAUCGACGAGAACUUCUGCACCUCGCUCGAGUACGGUCUGCCUCCCACCGGUGGAUGGGGCAUGGGUAUUGACCGAAUGGUCAUGUUCCUUACUGACAACUACACCAUCCGCGAGGUCCUUGCGUUCCCCUUCAUGAAGGACGACAAGGCGGAUGCGAAGAAGCUGGCUGCUGAGGUGGUCGGCAUUGAGCCUAUGCCCGAGGAGGGCAUUGCUCACAAGUAA